UACACUUAUUCUACUUGUAUAACAUAUAUAGUGCAUUUGCAUUGUAUUAUAUUCUCAAGUUUACAUCUAAUCUUACAGAUCUAAAAAGAUCUGUAUACUUCUAUUUAUCUUUCUAUCGAAUAAAGUUGUGAAAUUCUCUUUACAUAUAAAUAUUAAUUAUGAUGGAUAUGCGCAACAAACUGGAGACCUCAGAUAGCUUAUCGUUGUGGAAUACUAAUUUCAAUUUAUGUUCAAUGAAUAAAUGUGGAUCAACAAAUUGUGAAUGCAAAAUAUUCCAGCCUAUUUUAAGUAAUAUACGUCAAUGUACAAAUUGUCAUCAUUCAUGGACUCUACAUGUUCUUCCAAAAUUGACAAAUUUACCAGUAUACUUCGAAUUGAAUAAUUCAUCAAAUAAUAUAAUAUUAAAUGCAACUUUAGAAUUAUUAAGUAUGUCAUUGUUUGGUUGUCAAGCAAUACCGAUGAGAAUUAAAAUUUUAUUAGAUCGUUUAUUAUCUGGUCAAUUAGCACAUGCUGAUGUUGUCAAAUUAUUAUUAACAUUUGGUUGGACAUUUCAAGAUUAUAGCCGUGGUUAUAUGUUAACUAAUCCAAAUGGUACAUUAAAAGAUCAUUGGGAAAUGUGUAAUUUAGAUGAAGAAAAUUUAAUUAUUCAACAAUUUCUACGUUUUCCUGAAACUUGUCAACUAGCAUAUUUAAUGUUAUCACAAGGAUGUAAUCAAAAAAUUCCAAGUGGACUGUUAAAUUUAAAUUCAAUUAUGAAUCGAAAUUUUUCACAAUCAACUUUUACAAGUCCAUUAUCACAAUCGGGUAAUAGUAGUGUUACUGCAAUUACUACUAGUAACAAUAUUACUAAUACUGCUACUACUGCUACUAGUACUAAUAACAGUAUUAGUAAUAUCGAUAGUAUUAAUGUUAAUCACAGUCAUAUGUCCCCUGAUCCAACUUAUAAAUUAAAGUCGGACAUAAAAUAUGAAAAUAAGAAAUCACAAGAUAUCACUUCAGGAUUAUUAUCUCCAACAAUUACUGAAGUAUCACCAAACAGUACUAGAACAUUGACAAUUUCAUCAUUUUCUAACAGUUCCUCAUCGUCUGUUUCACCAGCUAACGAGAAUAAACAACGUAAUUCUACUGGUAGUGUACUCAAUUCACCAAACAGUAUAAAUAAUACUCCAUACAAUAGUAAUGAUAGUAGUAUUAAUAGUAUAAAAAAGAAUAAAACUAAUAAUUCUCAUGAAUACUUAGAAAUAACUAGAAAUGACAUUGAAUUCGAUCAAACCUAUCGAAUAACAGGUAAAAAUAACUGUAAACAAAUGAAAUAUAAUGGGAAUGAACAAAACUUUGAUUUGUUAAUUGGAAACAACAGUAAUUCAUUAAAUACUAAUAUAAACAACAAUGAUAAUAAUGAUAGUAAUAAUAAUAAUAGUUAUAAUAAUAAUCCAUUUGUUGCUGCAAUGGCAGCAGCUGCCGCAGCUGCUGUUAGUGGAUUUCCAUUACCUUCGAAUAUAUUCAAUAGUUUAAAUCCAUUUAUAAAUAAUUCAACAAUAAAAAAUUCAAAAUCUUUCCUAGAUACAAAAUUAUUAGAUAUGAAAUUAAAUGAACAAUUAUUUCUAAAUAAACUAUGUGAUAAAUCCGAUAUUCAUUGUUCAAUAGAAGAGAGAAAACCUAUGGAUCAUAGUAAAUUAUCAUUAAUAGCAUCAUCAAAUCAAGAUAUUUUAUCAAAUCAUAAUUUAAUGAAUUUUCCACCAUUUAAUUCAUCAACAUUUCCAGUUACAUCACAAUUAGCUAAUGCAUUAGUUGCUGCAUCGACAUUUCAUUCAAAACAUACAUCUUCAAUCAUAUCAUCGUCUUCAACAUCAUCAUCAUCAUCAUCAUCAACAGCAGCAGCAGCAGCAGCAGCGGCAGCAGUAAUGGCCGGAGCAUUAGGAACGCUUUCAAAUAUUACUCUAAACAAUACUGUAAUGUCACUAGGAGCUUUCACAACGACUACAACAACAACAACAAAUUCAAUGUCAACGGCGGUAGCAACAACGACAACAACAGGUUUUCCGACAUCUUGUAAUCUUAACAACAGUUCUUCUCCAAAUAGCUUGAUGAAUAUAAAUAUAUGGAAUGAUGUUCAGAUGCCAUUUAAAUUAAAUAAUAAUAAUAAUAAUAAUCAAAUUCCAUUAGGUCAAAAUCAAAGUAUUUCGAAUGAACAAACAAUCCCACUUCAUUCAGUUGAUACUAGUUUAUUUGGAGUGAAUAAUUGGUUACCGAAUACCUUACAUAAUUUAUCUACAAUGGAUCAAGAACAAAUCAAUUCAGAAUUGAUGCUUUUCAAUUCAACUGCUAAAAAUUUAUCUACUAAUUCAUUGAAAUCAAAAUAUUUUAAUGAAAAUCAUUUAUAUCAGACUAAACGUCAUCAGAAUACAUCAUCGAAUGAUACAAUACCAGGAUCAACUCAUCAUAAUCCUCAUCAUCCAUAUAAAAUAACAAAACGAAAAUAUGAAAAUCAUCGACAAGAUUUUGUGAAAACUCGACGAAAUCAUACAUCAUUAUCAACAAUAACAACUUCAAUAGCAACAACAACAACAACAAUGUCAGUGAAUCAAAUGAAUUCGAAUUAUACAAUUUCCAAUAUGAAUUCAUUAAAUGAACAUUGUAAUGAAAGUAAUGGUUAUAAUUUUGCCCGAAAUAAAAAACGUGUUCUAUGCACAACAUGUAAAAAAUCAUUUUGUGAUAAAGGAGCGCUUAAAAUUCAUUAUAGUGCAGUUCAUUUAAAAGAAAUGCAUAAAUGUACAAUUAAAGGUUGUAGUAUGUGGUUUAGUUCUAGACGAAGUCGUAAUCGUCAUUCAGCUAAUCCAAAUCCACGUUUACAUAUGGCACAUUCCAGUAAAAAACUUCCAGAAAACGCAACAAUUGUUGAUGAUGGUAGUGGCAAAGUAAUAGGUAGACGUAAUCCAUUGCCUAAUUCAGUGUUGAAUCCUCCAUUAUUACCAGUUAUUACAACAACAUCGUCAACAAUUAGUGCAAAUUCUACAUCCUAUAAUGAAUGGACAAAUGAAUUCAAUGAUUCUGUACACAUGAAAAAUUCAACUACAAAGUGUAAAUCAUCAACUAAAAGUAUUUAUUCAAUAGGUCGACGUAGACGUGAUAGAUCUCAUUUAAAUGAAUAUGUUAAUUGGCCAAAAUUAUCAAUGGAUUCAUUAAGUCAUACAUCAAAUGAUAGUCAACUUCAAUCAUCUCAUUCUUCUCGUUUAAAUUGUCGUCAGUCAUAUCACAAUAAUCAACAACAUCGUCAUCAUAAACAACAUUUAAACUCUUGGAAAUAUUGUAAAACUGAAACACAUCCUGAUGUUGAAAUCAAUAACAAUGAUCUUUGGGAUAAAUCACAAUAUGUUAAAAGUAUUGAUUCCAGUGGUAAUAGUAAACAUAAGGACAGUAGACAAGGUUAUAUAUCAAGUAAUAAUAGCGAAUUUGACGGUGAUAACGAUGAUGAUGAUGAUGACGAUGAUAACGAGGGAGAGGAUGAUGAAGAUGAAGAAGGUGUCUUACUUCCAGAUGGAAUUAGUUCAUUUGCUGAUGAAAAUGAUAAUGAAAAUAAUUCAGAACAUAAUCUGGAAGUUAGUAAUAACAGUGAAAAUGAUAAUGAUGAGAUUAUUAGUGUUGAUAAUACAGAUGAACAACAACAAAAUAUAAAAUCUCAAUUAACAUUAACAUCUUCAACUAGUACCAACAGAAUUAAUGAAUUAAAUGUACUAACUGAUGCAGAUGAAGUUGGUGAGAUAUUGUUGGAUGAAUAUUAUCCAACUAAAAAACAUUCAAAUUAUAAAUUGCCAACAUCAGACUUUUCAGCUGCUUCAUUAGCUCAAUCACCAUGUCAUCAUAUUGAUAAUAUCGAUAGUUAAAUAAAUGAAAUCAAACAGAUUAUGUUUUAGAAGCAUGAAAUCGAUCCCCCCCAAAAAGUCUCUGAAUACAUCUAUUUAAAAAAACAAUGAUCUCCUUAUACAACUCAUGAUGGAAUCAAUAAGAGUUUGACUUGGUACAGUCUACACAUAUAUUAUUAUUAUUCAACUAUUG